CCUCCAUUAAAACCAAACUCUUUUCAUACGUUUGCUCUUUAUUGUUUUUAAACCUUAAGCUACAAAUGUGAAUCUAUAAUAAAUGGGUUUUGCCUGUAUGAUUUUAAUGAUCAACAUCCGUUGGUGGUUUACCGGAUACUUCACAAGUGUUUGAAUUUUGGAACUAGAUUUUUGGGGUUGCUUGUUACAUUUUUAAAUUAGGGGGCUAAUUGUGUUCAAUUAUGCAAGUUCGAGGGUUUAAUGAGAAUAUAUUCUUAUACGUCCGGCGUUUUUGUUUGAAGCCGGAGAGACUAGAGAAGAGUGUUUUGAGCCGUCGUUAAUGGCGAAAACUGAUAAGCUAGCUCAACAAUUCCUUGAUUCGGGAAUCUACGAAUCCGACGACUCCGAUUGGUUCUUCUUAGACCCAGUUCGUCUUAUUAAUCGUUCAUACACUAAAUUUAAGGUUUCGCGUUCUGCUUACUACACUCGUUUCUUCAAUUCGAAGCAUCUCAACCUACAACCCAGAGACCCUAAUCCGAAAAAGCGAAAACGGAAGCAGAAAAACCCUAGCUUUCAGCUUCCUAGUGCAGGAGAGCAAGCUUCGGAUCGUCGCCAUCAAGAUGCGAGGCUCUUCUUAUCGAAAUCCCAUGAAUCGUUUCUAAGAGAAACAGAGCUGUUGAGUUUAACGAAAGGUCUGAGUGAUGAUUCUAGUUUGUUAACUAAGUGUUGUGACGAUGGACUCUCUUUUGUUGAGCUUGGAGGAGUGUGGCAAGCUCCUUUGUAUGAGAUCACACUCAAUUUCAAUCUACAUUGUGAUGAUAAAGGUUGCUCAAUUGACAAGUGCAAUGAAAAGAGAGUGUUUCAAGUGUUCAAUAACCUAGUAGUGAACGAGAGCGGAGAAGAAGUUGAAGCUGAGUUUUCCAACCGGAGAUAUAUAAUGCCUACAAAGAGUUCCUUCUACAUGUCUGAUUUACUGCACAUCCGAAACCUCGUUCCUGCUAAACCUGCAGAAGGCUUCAAUCUUAUAGUUAUUGAUCCACCAUGGGAAAAUGCAAGUGCUCAUCAGAAAUCAAAGUAUCCUACUUUACCAAACCGAUACUUCUUAUCCCUCCCGAUCAAGCAGCUUGCUCAUGCUGAAGGAGCUGUCGUCGCUUUAUGGGUGACCAAUAGAGAGAAAUUACUUAACUUUGUUGAGAAAGAGCUAUUCCCUGCUUGGGGAAUCAAGUAUGUUGCUACAAUGUAUUGGUUAAAGGUGAAACCAGAUGGUACAUUGAUUUGCGAUCUGGACCUGGUCCAUCAUAAACCUUAUGAGUAUCUUCUACUAGGCUACCGCUAUACCAAACUUGCAGGAUCAGAACAUAGGUCAAAUUUUACACUCUUGGAUAAGAACCAGGUAAUCAUAAGCAUCCCUGGAGAAUUUUCGAGGAAACCCCCAAUUGGAGAGAUACUCAUGAAACACGUCCCCGGGUCUCAACCUGCUCGAUGCCUUGAGCUAUUUGCUAGGGAAAUGGCUGCCGGAUGGACCUCUUGGGGAAACGAACCACUUCACUUUCAGGACUCAAAAUACUUCUUGAAAGAUAAUGAGUGUAUCAACAGGUUGUAGCCAAAUUUCAUGUUCGUUUCUCCAUGGUUCAUUUUGAAACAGAGGACAGUGAGGAGAACCCUUGGUUAGUAUUAGAGGUGCGGUAUUGAGAAAACGACAUCGCUUGAAGAAACAAACGUUAAAGUCAGUCAGACGAAAGAAGCUUGAAGUUGAAACAACUAGUGUUAGAUUAUUGUCUCAGAAGUCAGUAACUGUACUGUCAAUUUAGUAACUUUUUUCUUUUUCUUUUCCUGUGAUCAUCACAGAUUCACAGAUGCUUCAGAGGAAAAUAAAAUUAUAUAUUAUCAGUAGUUU